AUGGCAGAAUCUCCUCAAGAGGAACUUGCUGCCCAGCCGGAGGUUAAAUUGGGGGCCUGGACUGAGGCAGAUCUAAUUAAAUCAUUAAAUGCCUUGGGGAAAUAUGCGAUAGUUGCACUGGGUGAGGAGACACAAACUCGCAGGCUGAGAACAAGCUCAGUGAUAGAGGGUAAUGCCUCUUUGUACGAAUUCCCAUCCACAAAGCAACAAAAUAUUCCCAAGGUGCCUCAGUUCUCAGGUGAGUCCCUUAAGGGUGAUGUCGCCUAUAUGGAUUGGCGCUAUGAGAUCCGUUGUCUGAUAAUGGAUUCAGACAUAUCUCCGAGUACCCUAAUACAGGCCAUACGUCGUUCGCUUAGAGGUGUCGCGAAGCGUUCUUUGAUUUCACUCGGGAGUGAGGCAUCACCUCGUGAUAUCCUGCAUCGAUUAGAUUCGUUGUUUGGAGAGGUGGCCACACAUGGUAUGAUCAUGCAGGAAUUUUUUAAUGCUGCACAGAAGCCGGAAGAGUCUGCAACUACAUUUGGCUGUAGACUCGAGUCAUAUCUACAAAUAGCCAUUGACAAUGGUUCUGUAGAUAAAGGAGCAAGAAAUGAUUUGCUCAGGCAUAAAUUUUGGACUUCUCUAUAUUCGGAUAACCUCAAAAGUCAGACACGUCAUAAAUAUGACAAUAUCAUGUCUUUUGACCAUUUGUUGAGGGAGAUAAGAAUAGUGGAGAAAGAGCUGGACCUGUGCUCAAGUACUGCUUGUAAGAGCCAGGAUUCUUCAAAGAAGAAAAAAGCUCAGAGCCAUAACGUUACUGCUGAGGUUGACCAGCAGCAGGCUUCAUCUGUCGUGGUCGAGGUCGUGGUCGUGGUCGAGGUAACCACAGAGGUAAACCUAACCACGACAAACAAAAAUCCUCUGAUAACCCAAAAGAGUAACGGUCUCUGCGGUAGGCCAAGCGGAGACCGAAUCAUCUUCAGCAGGCCAAACCAACAUCUUGGAUAG